GCGCCGCCGCGGCUGGUGGCGCCGCCGCGGCUGGUGGCGCCGCCGCGGCUGGUGGCGCCGCGCCGCGCCUAUGCGCCGCGCAUGACCGCGACCGACGUCUCGGAGGCCGCGGCCUCGGCCGCGAUUCCAGCGAGCACCAACGUCUUUUGCAACCGGGCACUCAACCUCGGCGGCAUUCAGGCGGUGGGCUUCGACAUGGACUACACCCUCGCCGAGUAUGUUCCCGAGACGUUCGACCUCCUCGCGUACGACGGCGCGAUCGAGAAGCUCGUCAACACGAUGGGCUACCCGGCUGCGGUGCUUGAUCUCGUGUACGACCCGCACGCGUACAUGCGCGGGCUCGUCAUCGACAAGAAGCGAGGCAACCUCCUCAAGCUCGACCGGCACAAGUACGUCAAGGUUGCGUACCACGGCCUGAAGCGCAUGACCCCGGAGGAGCGCAAGGCCAUCUACGCCACCUCCUUCGAGACGGCGCCCGCCUUCACGCCGCCCGACUUCUCCACCAUCGACACCGCCUUCCUCCUCGUCGACGCGUGCCUCUUCUGCCAGCUGGUCAGCUACAAGGACGACCACCCCGACGAGGUGACCAAGUCGUACGAGCAGAUCUACCGCGACGUGCGGCGAGCAGUCGACCUCUGCCACUGCGAUGGCGUCAUCAAGGACGCAGUCGCCGUCAACCCGGCUAAGUACAUCCGGUCGGACCCAGCCCUCGCGACGAUGCUGACCGCGCUCAAGCAGGGCGGCAAGCAGGUCUUCAUCGUCACGAACUCCCUCUACGACUACACGGACGUCGUGCUCCGCCACUUGCUCGGAGCCAGCUGGCUCGACUACUUCGACCUCGUCGUCUGCGGCGCGCGCAAGCCCGGCUUCCUCCUCGACCCGUACCUGCCCAUCUUCCAGGUGCGGCAGGACGGCUCGCUCGAGAACGCGGAGAUCAUCAGCCCGCAGGACGGCGCGCGGCUGCUGCAGCGCUCGCGCGUCUUCCAGGGCGGAAACUGGCAGCACCUGCAUGCGCUGCUCCAGCUCGCGUCCGGCUCGGGGCUGCUGUACGUCGGCGACCACAUGUACUCUGACAUUCUCCGCUCCAAGCGGACGCUCGGAUGGCGGACCCUGCUCAUCGUGCCCGAGCUGCGCGACGAGCUCCUCACGGCCGAGGAGACGCGCCACCUCGCCGCUGCCGUCGACGAGGCGUACGCCGAGCGGGCGGCUGUCGAGGCGCGGCUGCAGCACCUCGAGAUCCGGCGCUCGCAGCUCGAGAUCGACUCGGAGGUGGAGGCGCUGCUCGAGGGCGACGGGGGGGCGGCCAAGGCGGAGGCGCUCUCCGAAGAGGAGCGCGCGGAGCUGCUCGAGCGGCUGGGCCCCCCUCACGCGCUGGCCGAGCUGGACGAGCGGAUAGCGGAGGCGCGCGACCAGCAGCGCGUGCUCUCCUCGGCACUGAACGAGGCUCUCUGCCGGCAGCACGAGGCCUACCACCCCGCUUGGGGGCGCCUGUUCAAGACGGGCGCCCAAAACUCGCGCUGGGCGCAGCAGGUGCAGGAGUACGCGUGUCUGUACACCUCGCACGUCACCAACCUCGUCCAGUUUGCGCCGGACACGUCUUUCCGCGCGCUCUCCGACCUGAUGCCGCACGACCGCGCCCCGCCGGCUUGAGCUUGGGCGAGAGCGCGGCUGUGACGCCUCUCUCGAGCGGACGACGACGUGUGUGAAUUGUCGCACACAAUUG